AUGAAGUGUGUUUUUGCUUUUGUGUUCCUCUUUGCUUUAGCUGUUUCUAGCUUUAUUGGAGCAAAUGGGGCUGGGGAAUGUCCAAAAUCCACUCCUGAUAUGGAAGCUAUGAAGCUGAUUCCUUGUGCAGAAGCAGCUCAAGAUGAGACCGCUUCAGUCUCUAGCAGCUGCUGUGCUCAGGUGAAGAAGCUGGGACAGAAUCCAAAAUGUCUCUGUGCUGUGAUGCUUUCUAACACUGCUAAGAGUUCCGGGGUGAAGCCAGAAGUCGCCAUCACUAUUCCUAAGCGCUGCAAUCUAGCUGAUCGUCCAAUUGGCUACAAAUGCGGGGCUGUUUCUAGCUUUAUUGGAGCAAAUGGGGCUGGGGAAUGUCCAAAAUCCACUCCUGAUGUGGAAGCUUUGAAGCUAACUUCUUGUGUAGAUGCAGCACAAGAUGCGAACGCUACGGUCUCUAGCACCUGCUGUACUCAGGUGAAGAGGGUGGGACAGAAUCCAAAAUGUCUCUGUGCUGUGAUGCUUCUAACACUGCUAAGAGUUUUGGGGUGA